AUAUCUAUAUGGGCGCUAACACAACCUUACUUUUUUCUCUAAUUUUAGCUCUAACCCCACAUUUUCAGCAAAAGCUUUGGAUAUGUCUGCUUUAAAAAGAGUUCAGCAAUGGGCAACCUUUGCAAGGAUAUGGCACAUAUACGACGCUACUUGGCAAAACCCGUUUGACUCUGCACAACUUCUGAAGAAGUACCUAAUGGGGCUGUAUAAGCCUAUUUAUCACCCCAUGAAUGACUGUGGGGAUCAUGUAAUUUUGAUCAAUAGUGCUGACAUCGCCUUACCAGGCAACGAAUGGCAAAAGCGAGUAUAUUUCCAUCACACUGGAUAUCCAGGCGGAGCAUCAUGGACAUUAGCUUGGGAUCUGCAUACUAAGGAUCCCACAAUGAUAAUGCGAAAGGCAGUUUAUAACGGAAUGGACGGGAACCUACAACGAAGGUACACAAUGCAAAGGUUACACAUUUUCCCCGAUGCCAACGUUCCCAAUGAAUUACUGGGAAAUGUUUCGAAUCAAAUAAGACAGAUAAGACCGGUUCCUAAACGAUUGGAUCAUUAUUCUGAGGAAGAGGUCCAAACUGCGCCAAAGGUCAUCGACUAUCCUAAAGAUUAUGUUGUCAGAUAGAUUCCGAGCAUAAUGUUAGUUAUUUAAUAGAGUUUUUUUUGUUUUUAACAUGAUCACAAGUGUGUUGAAAUUGAAUGAAACAACCAUAAACAAUGUUCCGUUUAAUAAUGUUAUAGAAUGUAAAUAAACCUAAUGCUUGGACCAGAA